AUGCCUUCCGAGCAUCUCGAGGCGCGAGUGAAAGAGCUUUUGGCCGCUUGGGAUCCGACACAUGUCAUUUCGCCUUCAACUGAAACGGGUGAAAAAGGGCGGAAAGCGAAGAAAGGGCGGAAAAAGCGGGGUAAGGGCGCAAAGGGGGGCGCUUCCGCCAAUGCCGCGGAGGAGGAAACAGCUUCCCCGUUAGGCGCAUCCGCGGAGGAACCGCCGGGGGAGCUGGCGCAAGGGGGAACGGAACCGCUUUCCCCCGCCCCGCCGGUCCCCCGCGCGCCGCAUCUGGUGGAUUGCGCGGAGCGCGCGAGACAGCACCGCGAGGAAUGCACGGAUGCUGACGUCAUAGAAGAGGGACCGUUUCCGCCAUGGGUGGAGGGCGGGGAGGGCGGGGAGGGCGGGGGGAGCGCCAACCUGCCGCUGACUCGCCUCGUGCAGACCCACCUGUGGCGCCGCCAGUUCCCCGCCAACUGCUCCCUCCCCCAUGUGCGGUGCGCUCGCCCUUCCACCAUCCCCUUUUGUGCCCAUUCCCUUCGUCCCGCAUUGGCUUGUGCAGACCCACCUCCGUGCCGCUUGUUCCCCUCCAACUGCUCCCUCCCCCAUGUGUGGUGGGCUUCCCCUUUCCCCAUCCCCUCUUCCGCCCAACCCCCCUUCCGUCCAUCCGCCCUUCCGCCCCAUCCCCCCUUCCGCCCAUCCUCCCUUCCGCCCAUCCUCCCUUCCGCCCAUCCUCCCUUCCGCCCAUCCUCCCUUCCGCCCAUCCUCUACCCCCCGAGCUCCCCUCACCUAUCCCCCAAUCCCCCAUGCAGCGACCUUUGCUCGCCUGUCCCAACACCAUUCCCUUUCCAAAGCCGUUUCUGUCCCACCAGGGCUGCCCCCUCCCCUCGCUCCUCUGCUGGUUUCGACACCUGCGCCCAUUCCCUCCGUCCCUCCCCUCCGCCGUCCUCCCAAUAUCCCUUUUUCCUUGUUGCCUUCCCCCCCACUGAAUUUCCACGUCUGCAGGUUCAUGCAUGUGCGCAGCAUUCGAGCGCAGGUUCAUGCAUGUGCGCAGCAUUCGAGCGCAGGUUCAUGCAUGUGCGCAGCAUUCGAGCGCAGGCGGAGAGACGGGCACCCUGUCAGUCACACCCACCCACCCAUCCGACUGUCCCCCUUCUCCCCACUCUCCCUCCCUCUCCCAUCUCCACGCCUGCCGUGCUGCAGGUUCGUGUAUGCAGCAUUCGAGCGCAGGCGGCAAGACAGUUUCACAAAGCAACUGCGUUCAUGGCUGCAGCGCUGGGGCAGGCAGUGCAGGCAGGCACCCCACCCAUCAUUUCUUCCUCCUUUCCACGCCUGUCGCCCUGCAGGUUUAUGUUCAUGUAUGCAGCAUUCGAGCGCAGGCGGCGAGACAGCUUUGCAAAGCAGCUGGCGUUCAUGGCAGCAGCGCUGGGGCAGGCGGUGCAGCAGGGGCGCGUGCUGGUGGCACGGACGUAUGACCGCGCGCAGCACGCGGGGUGUGAAGGGGAGGCAAACGCGCAGUGGCACUGCUACUUCCUCCCUGAGACGUCUGAUGAGUGCCGCAGGCGGGUGAAAGCGCUAUCAGAGCUUCCUUCUAGCUAUACCGGCCCAGACCCCCUUAUAGUCACAGGGCGUAGAGUCACAGAGGCGUCACUGGAGGAGUGGGGUGAGGGCGAGGGUGAAGACGGUAGCGCUGACGUGGCAGCUAUGGAUAACACAGCCAAUCAAAGACCAGCUGAGGACAGCUCGACCAAUGAGGGCUCAGAAGAGGCGAAUACGGGCAAGCCAGGGUCAGCAGCGGAAUAUUUUCGCAAUGAAGUUCCGACUGUGUGGGGGGAGCCGUGGCGAGAUAUGGUGGGGCGAGUGGGGGCGUGGGAUGUGGGGGGGUUAGGAGCAGGGGAAGAGGCUGUGGGAGGGAGAGGAGGGGGAGUAAAUGAUAGCCAACCAGAUUCGAAGCAGCUGAAUCGGCGCUGCGCUUCCUGCUGCGCGCCCCCUCCCCCUAUCUCUGCCACGUCAGCAACGUCAUCCGGCACGCUGAGUUCGGGCCAAUGGCGGCACGGAUGGCUGCGCUUGGGGAAGCUGCUGUGGCCCAGGCUGAUGUGGCAGGUGAGGGAAGCUGCUGUGGCCCAGGCUGACGUGGCAGAUGAGGUAGGGAAGGAUUGUGAUGAGAGGGAUUGCAUGUGGGAGGAGUAUGAGUGCGUUGCAACUCUUUUGUCCCUCAUGCCUCUCUUGUCCCUCAUGCCUCUCUUGUCCCUCAUGCCUCUCUUGUCCCUCAUGCCUCUCUUUUCGCCUCUCAGACUACAGGCAUACCCCUCUUUCUUUCAUCUCUCACAUUUCUCUUGUCUGUCACAUGUCCCGUGUCUGUUGUGGCUCUCCAAUCUCUCCCGCUCCACGGGUUUUUGGGGAAUAUUCUCAGAAACAGACAACAGCCAACAACAGCAGCCAGCGCAAAACGGAGUGGAGCAGGAGCAGAAGCAGCCACAGCAGGAGCAGGAGCAGCAGGAGCAGGAGCAGCAGGAGCAGGAGCAGGAGCAGCAGGAGGAGGCAGAAGAGGAGCAGGUGCAACGGCGAAGACUUGUAUCGCAGGCAGGAAGAGAUUGGGCUGCCAGCACUGCCAGCACUGCCAGCCACAGCCACGGCUCCACUUCCCCAGCAGAUGCUCCCUCCUCUAUCCAAGGCACCUCCAGCAGCAUGGAGAGUGACUUGUGGCGGCGGAACGGGGCAGUGUGGGUGCCUCGGCCACUGGUGGGCGUGCACGUGGGGAGCGCGGGGCAAGAGGGAGCGGAGGCAGGCGUGCGGAGAGCCAUGCAAGGCACCCCCUCCACCCCCGAAGGCACCCCUGGCAGCAUGGAGAGUGACUUGUGGCGGCGGCACGGGGCGGUGUGGGUGCCUCGGCCACUGGUGGGCGUGCACAUGGGGAGCACGGGGCAAGAGGGCGUGCAGGCAGCUGUGCGGACGACAAUGGGUGCACUGCUGGCUGUGAGGCAGCAGCUCCCUGCUGCUCGCUUUGUGUGGCUCUCUGGUGAUGAACAAGAGCCAUUGGAUCAGCUGGCAGCAACCCCCGGGUGGACAUGGUUCUACUCGCACACGCCCCGCUCCUCCUCCUCCUCAUCUACAGCAGCAAGCGCCAAGCAGCAGCAACAGCAGCAGGAGGUGGUGGGAGCAGCGUUCACGAAUCUUCUGCUAGCCCAGCAGGCUGAUGUGUUCGUUGGGUCAACCAAGUCUCCUCGGUCUUACCUCAUCUAUGCGCUCCGCUGCACCGCUGGGAAGCUGCAGAGCAGCUUCUUAGAUGGGGGGCUGUGA